AGUUGUUGUUUUGCGAGAUUCAAAUGAAGUGAUGGUGGCAGCAUUAAACUGGUUGACUCCAGACAAGACCCGAUGUUUCUGGCCUCCUUUCAAAUCACAAGAGAAAUGUACAGAAGCUGUUAAGAACAGAAUUGUGCCUUCAACAGCCGGAAAACCAUGGGAGAUGUUAAACAUUCACUUUCGAGGAGAACAUGGUUCUUUGGAAAAGGCUCAGAUGGCAAGAGAUUCAAUAAUACAAACAGACCGCAUCAUAAAAAGACCCAAAUUUGGAAAUCCACAAGGAAUGGGCAGAAAUCUGUUUAAUUCACCAAUAGUAUCACCCACAUCCACAAUGCCAGCUGAUGACAAUGAAGAGAUUCCUCAAAUGCUGAAAGAAAUCAAGAGCAAAGUUAAUGAAAACUCUACCAUGUUAAAGCAACUGUUAAAAAAAGAGAUUCCAGUUUCUGAUCCAGUACCCAGCAGCACAAGCACACGCUCUAAAACUAAAUGCAACCUAAAUCUACCUCUUAAAACCCCUGAAGAUGUGGAGAGAACUGAAAAAGAGCUCCAGGUUGCAAUAAUGCGCCAAAGAUAUAUUAAAUAUCUGUCAGGGCUUGGUGGGUUUGGGCCGAAGGAUGUGAUUAAAAAUAUAAUGCAAAAAGUUCUGACAGAUGAUUUGGCUAUAAAGUUCAACUGGCAGGGGAGAGGUGAUAAAAGAGCCUUCUCUAGUCUUGCUUUAGCAGAUGUAAUAAAAGAGGCUGCUUCUUUCAAACGAAAUAUACCAAGAGAAAACUGUGAAGCUGAAAUAAAGAAGUAUUUGAGUUACACGACAGAACGAAUCAAUCGGAAGAGAAGAGACGCAGGUCCUGGAACUGACAUCCCAGAAAUGGCUUCUUACAGUGCCUCUUAGGUCGACACUUAUUAUUUAGAUGACUGAAUGCUGAAUUCUUUAAUCUUUUUUUUUCAUUAUUUUCUUAAAAGCAACCUGUGUGUGUGUGUGUGUGUGUGUGUGUGUGUGUGUGUGUGUGUGUGUGUGUGUGUGUGUG